AUGGCAAGAGAGAUCAUAGUUCAUGAAGGUACUGUGCACUCACAAGCAGGUUUCCUGGUGGAUUCCUCCGGGGCUUUCAUGUUGUUAUGCAUGAUUGUUGUUUCUUUGUCAAUCAUUUCCAUGGUCAUAUUCGCUUGUGGUGAUAGUAAUUCAGGCAAAAGUCGUCGCCAGGAUUGGGGUGGCUUUGUUGGAGGUGGUGCUAAUUGCGGGGGAGCUGGUGGUGCUUGUGUUGGAGGAGAUGGAGGUGGUGGUGGUGGUUGUGGCGGCGGUUGUGGUGGAGGCGGAUGUUAA